AUGCAGGCCGAAGCGGGCACAGAUGCCGAUGGCGGCCUAGAGCGCCGCGUCAAGGCAGAAAACACUUGCCGUCCGUGGCAGCACCGGUUCGCCCACGGAAUGAUGGACUGGAUGUCGGAAACCCGCAUCACGGCCCGGGAGCUCGCGAUGCUUAGAGUAAUGGAUUCCAUCACAGACAAGCCCGAGUGGCACGUCAAGAUCUUUGACCAAGACUCUAUAAAUGCAUGGAGGGUCGAGUUCGCCCGCCGAGAGAGAUUGGUCAGCCCAAGGGCGUGGGCGUGGUGCUUGGAUGAGCUGAGGUGGAAGGCGGACCAGCUCCGCUGGACGGGCCAUGUCGUGGUAUAUGACGCCGGAGUGGGUGUGGCAAAGGCUACGGUCUCCUCGGCCACUACCGAGGGACUCAAGAAAGAAGUAGCGGCGUUGAUGAGCGGCGGCGGCGGUGUCCUCCCGGUCGGCAGUCGCGUCAGCUUGGGCGCGCUCUGGGAUCACCUAGGAAAGGGCACCACUUCUGUGAAGGCGCCGCACGAGUUGAAAAAGAUCCUCCACGUGGAAGAAGAUGAGCCGAUGCGCGUGAUUGAGACGUGGCCCUACUACACACCCGGUGCAUUGGUGCCACCGGUUGGCUUUAUGCAAUGGCGGACCACGAGACCGUGGCGCUACUCGAACAAAUUCCAGUGGUUGCCCUGCGAAGCCGAGUUCAUCCAGCCCACCAGGGAGAACGAAGGGGAGAGGGGCAGGAUCCAGGUCCGCAUCACGAGUUACAUCAACGACCUAAGCCCCGGCCCUCACCGCGAGCUCUACCGCCUCGUCGAGGAGAUUGCGUCGUCGGCCGUUGCGGCAUGGAAUGACGUCCUCGUCCACGCCGUCGACCCCGGCCUCCAACCGAUGGGGAAACUAUGGACCAUGGGACCCGGCCGCACCCCGUUGCGCAUCCUCUCGUUUGGCCUCGACACGUGCUUGCCGGUGCCGGCCAGCGGGUACUGCUGGAAGAACGAGGGCCAUUUUUACGUGCAGCUGCGCGCGAUUUCUAAUGGCUGGGAAGAUGCGGAUCCGGAGGAACGCGGCGCAGCGUUGGCCGAGGUUACGGCUCGCAUGCGGGACGCGGAACGGAUCGGGCCCAUGGGGACCGCUCUUCGGUUUCCGUACGAUUACCACGAGGAUAUGUGGGAGGAUCUGGAGCCGUUUAUGCAUCCGGAGCCGGGCACGCUGUUCUCGUUUGAGGAGUGGAAGGAUGGAAGCAAGGCAGGGAAGUAUCGUGGGUAUAAGUGGAGCGCUGAACCGCGGGCCGAACUCGGUCGUAUGCCCCCAUGCGAAGAGAUUCUAGGGCAUCGGGGGAUGGCGGGGAUACAACUACAGCACGACUUCAAGGACACGGGCUUACAACUCUACGUCAGGAUCCAGAGCAUCGAGCUUACCCCGGACGAGCCUCGCUUCGACGGCACGGAUUGGGCUACUGAAGGCAUGCUCAACGAGCGAAUCGUCGCCACGUCCAUCGUCUUUUUCGACAUGGACAACCUAAGCGGCCCAGCAACACUCUCCUUCCGUAUCCCUACCGACUUUGACCAGGCGGUGGACAGGCUGCAGCGGUUCCCCGAGGACGCGCGCAAGUUUGCGAGCGUGUUUGACAUUACCGAGGACCCAGACCUCGAGGAAGUUCACCACAUGCAGGAUCUCGGAUCCGUCUCGAUAUCAACCGAGGGGAGAAUGGUCUCCUUCCCCAGCCCGCUGCACUACCGACUGGGCCCCGUCGCGCUCGGCGACGACGCGUCGCGGCCCGGACGGCUCCGCUAUCUGACUUUGUGCCUGUGCGAUCCCAACGAAAAGGUGAUUUCGACGCGGGACGUGACCCCGCAGAGCUUCGAGUGGUGGCUCGAGGAUACGCGCGUCAGGUCACGCCUCGGGCGGCGAAAGCUUCCCACCGAGCUCGUGCACGAUAUCAUUCGGGAGGCGCGCGGAGAGAUGAUGAGCGAGGAGGAGGGCGCGGGGUAUCGGGCGCAGAUUGCCGGCGAGAGGGCGAGCGUGAUGGCGGAACUUGACCGGCUCUUGUGGCGACACAAUUGGACCGAGUAA